UCGGUUUACAAGUACAGAGUCUAAACGUACGAAAAUCUCUCUCUCAACACAUUUUCCCACUCCACAACUCCAGCUGGCCUCUAUUUUCCCAUCAGUAUAGAAAUUCAAGUCGAUUUUUCUCUCGUUCACUAGAGAAAUUCCAAAGAUUCGAUUGAAGUUUCGUUUCAUCGUUUCAAGACGCUUUCCGAUUCCACCGAAUUCUUCAGUUUCGAUUUUUCAAAAUCUCGAUUUGUAGGAAUUCAAGAACUCUUCUUGAAACCUUAGAUCGGAAUUUCUCGAAGCUUUUGGAACAUUUAUCUCAUAGAAAAUCAUCUGGAAAUCGAAACUCGGUUUUAUUAAGAAACAACCAGCGGAAGGGGGAAACUAUGGCGAAAAACGAGUGGAUUAACGGGUAUUUGGAGGCGAUUCUUGAUGCCGGAGCAAGCAAUGACAACAAGAAGAACAACAACAACGGAUUCGAGGAAAGAAACAGCGUUUCCAAGGAAGAAUCGUUUUUCAAAUUCAGCCCAACCAAGUACUUUGUGGAAGAGGUGGUGAACAGCUUCGACGAAUCUGACCUCCACAGAACCUGGAUAAAGGUGAUAGCGACGAGGAAUACACGUGAACGCAAUAACAGGCUUGAGAAUAUGUGCUGGAGAAUUUGGCAUCUCGCUCGCAAAAAGAAACAGAUUGAGUGCGAUGACUCGCGACGUCUUGCGAAGAGGAGACAAGAGCGGGAGCAAGGAAGAAACGAUGCAGCGGAGGAUUUGUCAGAGCUGUCGGAAGGGGAGAAGGAGAAAGGGGAAGCCAGCCAAGCUGACUCGCUUAAGACUAAGAUACCCCGUAUCAAUUCCGAUAUGUACAUGUGGUCCGACGAAGACAAUGCCAAGCGCCUUUACAUUGUCUUAAUCAGCUUGCACGGGUUGGUGAGGGGAGAAAACAUGGAACUCGGGAGGGACUCGGACACUGGUGGACAGGUGAAAUAUGUGGUAGAACUAGCUAGAGCUCUGGCCGCCACCAAAGGCGUUUAUCGGGUCGACCUCUUGACACGCCAGAUCUCCUCACCGGAUGUGGAUUGGAGCUAUGGCGAACCCAUCGAGAUGCUAACAAGACCAUCUGAUCUGGACACCCAACUCAGCGGGGACAGCUGCGGGGCCUACAUAAUCCGACUCCCAUGUGGACCGGGUGAUAGGUAUAUCCACAAGGAGCUACUGUGGCCACACAUACCUGAGUUUGUGGAUCGGGCGCUGGCCCACAUUGUCGACAUGGCGCGGGCUCUGGGCGACCAAAUCGAUGGGGGGAGGCCCAUAUGGCCAUACGUGAUCCAUGGCCACUACGCGGAUGCAGGUGAGGUAGCGGCCCGCAUUUCGGGGGCCUUGAACGUUCCGAUGGUGAUGACGGGGCAUUCACUAGGGAGAAACAAGUAUGAGCAGCUGCUGAAGCAAGGGAGGCUUUCAAAGGAGGACAUAAAUUCGACGUAUAAGAUCAUGAGGAGAAUUGAGGCGGAGGAGCUGGGGCUGGAUGCUGCUGAGAUGGUGGUGACCAGCACCAGGCAGGAGAUAGAAGAGCAAUGGGGAUUGUAUGAUGGGUUUGAUCUGAAGCUGGAGAGGAAGUUGAGGGUUAGAAGGAGAAGGGGGGUUAGUUGCCUUGGUCGAUACAUGUCUAGGAUGGUGGUUAUACCACCGGGGAUGGAUUUUAGCAAUGUACCGACGCAAGAGGUGUUGGAAAGCGACGGUGAUCUGACAUCGUUGAUUGGAACUGAUAGAACUCACAAGGGAAGUAAUCUGCCCCCCAUAUGGUCUGAGAUAAUGCGAUUUUUCACGAAUCCUCACAAGCCGAUGAUCCUCGCACUGUCCCGUCCAGACCCUAAGAAGAAUGUCACCACGUUGCUCAAGGCCUUUGGCGAGUGCCGUCCCCUCCGAGAGCUCGCAAACAUGACUCUGAUACUUGGAAACAGAGACGACAUAGAAGAGAUGUCCGGCAGCAGCUCAUCGGUGCUCACAACGGUUCUCAAGCUCAUAGAUAAGUAUGACCUGUACGGUCAAGUGGCUUAUCCCAAGCAUCACAAGCAGUCCGACGUCCCCCAAAUAUACCGUCUUGCUGCAAAGGCCAAGGGAGUAUUUAUCAACCCGGCUCUGGUUGAACCCUUCGGUCUUACCCUCAUAGAGGCCGCGGCCUACGGUCUGCCUAUUGUAGCAACCAAAAACGGUGGGCCCGUGGAUAUAGUAAAGGCACUAAAUAACGGGCUCCUGAUUGAUCCGCACGACCAAAAGGCCAUAGCUGAUGCGCUUAAAAAGCUGGUGGCAGACAAAGUCCUCUGGCUCGAAUGCCGAAAAAACGGUCUCAAGAACAUCCACCGAUUCUCCUGGCCGGAGCAUUGCCGGAACUAUCUGUCCCACGUGGAGCACUGCCGGAGCCGGCACCCAACCACCCGCCUCGAGCUCGCCCUAAAAGUCGAAGAGCCGAUGAGCGAUUCCCUGAGGGACGUCGAGGAUCUGUCCAUCCGAUUUUCCGUUGACGGAGACGUCAAGGUAAACGGCGACCUUGACGCUGUUGCCCGACAGAAGGCGGUGAUCGACGCGCUGACACAGCGAAGGCAACGGCCAGAUCACAUGUCUGCCGUCAACGGAGGCGUCAACUACUGCCCCGGCCGGCGGCAGAGGCUGUUCGUGAUCGCCGUCGACUGUUACGAUGCUGAAGGCACGGUGGCCGCCGAUGAGUUGCGGGUCAUCAUCGAGAAAGUGAUGGCAGCUGGCCAAUCCGACCACGCUGGACGGACUGGAUUUGUGUUCUCAACGGGGUCCACAUUAGCGGAGACCUUGGAGGCGUUGAGAUCGUGCCACGUGGCGGCUGAUGAUUUUGACGCGUUGAUUUGUGGAAGUGGGAGUGAGGUGUAUUGUCCGUGGAAAGAUCUAGCAGCUGAUGUGGACUAUGGGGCCCACGUGGAGUACAGAUGGCCAGGAGCGAAUGUACGGUCAGUGAUACCGAGGCUUGCCAAGAUAGAAAAUGGAGCGGAGGAUGAUCUGUCAGGAAACGAUGAGGCGUGCACCUCCCGUUGCUAUGCUUAUUCAAUAAAGCCACAGGCCAAGGUUAGAAGAAUCGAUUACCUACGUCAGAGGCUACGGAUGCGAGGGUUCAGAUGCAAUCUUGUGUACACGCGCGCCUCCACACGUUUGAACGUGCUGCCAUUGUUCGCAUCCAGAGCGCAGGCCCUAAGGUAUCUUUCAAUUCGAUGGGGCAUUGAUCUUUCACACAUGGUUACAUUUGUGGGCGACAAAGGUGACACAGAUCAUGAGGAGUUCCUGGUGGGCCUUCAAAAAACCAUAGUAAUCAAAGGAUCGGUCGCAUACGGAAGCGAGGGGCUUUUAAGAGGGGAAGAGAGCUACAAGAAGGAAGAUGUGGUUCCAAUUGAAAACCCUAAUACGGUGUCUGUAGAAGAGGAGUUCGUUACUGAUGACAUAUCUGCUGCAUUAGAGAGUGUUGGCAUGAAGUGAUCUUUUAUUCCUUGAGGUUUGCUGGGCCACACUGUCCAGCUGACAGCCUGUCAAAACUCAGUGGGCCCCACUUCCAGGGCCACAAGUUUUGUAUCAGACAACAUUUUUGUGUUACAGAUCAUCCAAGUAGGAAUGACCUUAAUUAUCAACAGGUUUAAUAAGAAAUAAACAUUAUAGUGGGAAUUGAAUACUUACCAUUGGAAACAUCUCAGGGCCCAGUAGGGCCACAAGCAGGAGAUUUUAUCCUUUAAAUCUGGGUUGUAUUCCAAUUAUCCAAAUCAUUUAUAUGAUGAGUUUGAACUUGUGUGGUCGACGUACAAUUAAUCAAAUACCUUAAAUUUGAUUAUUUCAAA